CCCUAUAAAGCUUCGAAAUUUAGGGAUUUUUUUAUUUAUUUUUUAUUUUUAUUUUUUAUUAUUUUACCUGGGGAUAUUUGAUAUGAAGCCACACGAGGAUUGGGUAUCUGAAUCAUGGACUGUGGAUUGUGUUUGUGGUGUGAAUUUUGAUGAUGGUAAAGAGAUGGUUGAUUGUGAUGAAUGUGGUGUUUGGGUUCAUACAUGGUGUUCUCGUUAUGUUAAAGGAGACGAUUUGUUUGUUUGUCACAAGUGCAAGAUCAAAAACAACAAUGACAUGGAAUUGUCCAAGUUACCACCACCGGUUACUAAAUCAAUUAGAAUGGGGAAUAAUGUAUCUACUACUUAGACUCAUCAGAGUGAGACUGUUCCAAUAUUGAUGAAGCCUUGUUCAGAGAUACCAAUUGAAGAAAGGGUUCAUGUACAAGGAGUCCCUGGUGGUGAUUUGGCUCUGUUUGAAUGUGUUUCGUCUGUUUUUAGUCGUCAACUUUGGAGUUGUUCUGGUUAUGUGCCUAAGAAGUUUAGUUAUCAAUAUAGAGAGUUUCCUUGUUGGGAUGAGAAGGAGGAUGAUGGUAAGGGAAAGGAUGCUAGGAAUUGGGGUUCUAGUAGAGACAUUGAGAUUAAACAUUCUCAUCAGAGUGAUGUUGACAAAGAGAAGAACUUGCUUCUUCGUUUGAGUACAAAUAAGCGGAGAAAAGAUUUGCCGGGAGCCUUUGAAGACCGGGCAAAUAAGAAGGUUAAAGAGGAAGAUGGUGAUAAGAAAACAGUUUUGUGAGCAGAACUUAUCACUGUUCUUCCCUUACAAAAGCUAUCCGAAGGCUUUUUUGAUUUGGAUGUACUUGCUAUGAAGAUUGGUUGGUGGUGAUAGCUUUUGUAAUGUUGCUGUUGAAUGCUUCAGGGAACAAAAAAUUAUGAGGUUCAUACACGUAAUGUGGGAUAAGGAGCAGAUAUAAGCAACUAGUGAUCCCACUGCUUUAAUUUUGGAUAAUUAUCAUCUUGUCAAUGUUUAGGUUUCUAACUUUUUUCACUGGUAUUCUUUAACCGUACUAACAGUUGUA